GCAGGGUGAGCACCAGGCCCGGCCACGAGACGACACUUCUCACUAGGGCCCCGCCAGCUUCCUCCUCCACAGCCACUUCCGUGAGGCCGGGGGCCGAGGAGCUCGAGGAGCUCAGCCCAGGGCCCAGCCCCCCUGCCUGGGCCAAGCCCGGGGACUGCCGGAGCGGGCUCGGGGGACAGGGGCGCCCCAUGCGGCGGGUGUGAGGCGAGCGGCUCAGGAGGGGAGGCUGGGACCCCUCAGCUCCGGCCAUGAAGUCCCGGCAGAGGGGCAAGAAGAAAGGCGGAUCCAAGGAGCGGGUGUUUGGGUGUGACCUUCUGGAGCAUCUGCAGCACUCGGGCCAGGAGGUGCCCCAGGUUCUACGCAGCUGUGCAGAAUUCGUGGAGGAGCACGGAGUGGUGGAUGGCAUCUACCGCCUCUCAGGAGUGUCUUCCAACAUUCAGAAACUCCGGCAGGAGUUUGAAGCAGAGCGCCGGCCGGAUCUUCGGAAGGACAUCUACCUGCAGGACAUUCACUGUGUCUCCUCCCUCUGCAAAGCCUAUUUUCGGGAACUGCCGGACCCCCUGCUCACCUACCGGCUCUACGACAAAUUCGCGGAGGCAGUAGCUGUGCAAUUAGAACCUCAGCGGCUCAUCAAGAUCCGGGACGUCCUGGGGGAGCUGCCUGGCCCACACUACAGGACCUUGGAAUACCUCAUGCGUCACCUGGUGCAUAUGGCUUCAUUCAGCUCGCAGACCAAUAUGCACGCUAGAAACCUCGCCAUUGUGUGGGCCCCCAAUCUGCUUAGAUCUAAGGACAUAGAAGCCUCUGGAUUCAAUGGGACAGCAGCCUUCAUGGAGGUGAGAGUGCAGUCCAUUGUGGUUGAGUUCAUCCUCACACACGUUGACCAGCUCUUUGGGGGUGCUGCUCUUAUGGGUGGCGAGGCAGAGAAUAACUGGCACAUGCUGCCAGCAUCACGGGGCAUGGUCAGCCCUGAGGAGCCUUUAUCCAGACAUUUGUCCUACCACCUUCCCAGCGUGUUACAAGCUGGUGAUGGCCCCCCACAGAUCCGGCCCUAUCAUACCAUCAUCGAGAUUGGGGACCACAAGAGGAAGGGGUCUCUUAAGGUCAGGAAGUGGAAAUCCAUCUUCAAUCUGGGUCGUUCUGGCCAUGAUACCAAGCGCAAGCCCCCCAGAGUGGGUGAGGACAGGGAGGAAAAAGCCGACAAAGCGUCCCUGCGGCCAGCCAAGAGCAUGGAUUCACUGAGUGCUGCAGCAGGAGCUAGUGAUGAGCCAGAGGGACUGGGGAAGCCCAGUUCUCAUCCAAACACCCUUCAGCUGGAGAGUCUCGAAGACGUCUCUAUAGCAGCAGAUGGAGAGAGGGAGGCAGAGGUGGAGCCAAAGAGUGGGACAAGCUCUGAGCCAGGCACCCCGAGAACAGGUCGAGCAGGAGGUCGGGCAGCAGCUUGCAAUCGGGCAGAGCGCUGUGCUGGAGUGCAUAUCUCGGACCCCUACAAUGUCAACCUGCCCCUGCACAUCACCUCCAUCCUCAACGUUCCCCCCAACAUCAUCUCUAAUACAGCAGUGGCUCGGCUCACUCGAGGACUUGAGUGUCCGGCCUUGCAAGCCCGACCUAGUUCUGGCCCAAGCUUUGGCUCUGGGGCCCGAGAUGAGAAGAUGGAGACAAGCCUAGCUCCAGCUCCUCCGGUCACCAGCUCUGAAUCCCCUAUGCCAGGGCCCUCUUUGCCCCCAGUCCAAGAGGAUUCUCUUUCCCAGGAGGUACAGGACUCCUUCUCCUUUCUGGAAGAUUCUGGAAGUGGCUCAGAAACAGAGUGGGCUGGUGGGGAAACCAGGGAGGCAGUUGUGGCAGAAGGAACCUGCUCUCUUGGGGAAGAUGACCCUAACAUCGGUUACCUUGAAGAGCUCCUGGGUGCUGGACCUCAGGUGGAAGAAUUCUCUGUGGAACCCCCCCUGGAUGACUUGUCUUUGGAUGAGGCACUGUUUGUCCUGGCUCCUAGUUGUUGCUCCCCAGAUCCUGGGACCCCUGAAGAAGACUUUGGAGAGGAUGUUUUCCACAGUGCCUAUGAUGACCUAAGCCCCCUCUUGGUUCCUAGACCCCAAAGAGGGGAGGAUCUAGGGAGAAUUGAAGAUGAAGUUGAUAGAGGUCAAACCUUUUCAGAGGAAGGAGGGGAAAGGGCUUAUAAGGAAGUUGGAGAAAACAAGAGGGAGGAAUCUCAAGGAGUUUUCAAAACUAAUGUGGAGGUUAAGGGUAGUCUGGAACCUGAGGUUAAAGUUGAGAAAGGACAGAGAAAUAAAAAAAAGGAGGUUGAAGAAAUGAAGACCAAAGGGCUAAAGGAAGUUGAGAGCAGGGAGGAAGUAGAGCAUGGGGAGGCAAUUAGGGGAGAGAAAACUGAGAGUGAAGAGAGACCUGAGGGAGUGGUAGAAGUUGAACACGAGGGAAAUAUAGGGAAAGAAUUGCUGACAAAGGACCAAGACAAGAGGGGAGUAGAGACACAAGUUGAAGAUGAGAAGUCAAGGGAAGAGCAGAAGGCUGAUGGAGAGAAUCCUGAGGGACAAGAGCAAGCAAGCAGGAAAGAGGAGACUGGGGGAGAAGAGGACCAGGUAGAGGCUGGAAACUAUGUAGGGAGUGGGGAAGCUAAUAGCCAGACCCACCAGGACAUCGAGGGGAACUGGAAGACUUUAGACAGCAACAAAGUUGAUGAAAACAGAGAGACUGAGUCUGGAGAGGAAAGUGGGCACAGGAACACAGACUCUGGAGGAAGACAGGAGGGGGAAGAUAGAGGAAGCAUUGAGUGGGAUGCUGAGGAUAUCAAUGAUACCUUCAGUGGUGACAGGGAAUGUGGUGAUGGGGAGGCAGAGGAUCAGGAGGCUGAAGGGGAUAGUCUAUCAGGGGAUCUGGACCCAGGAGGGCCUUGGAGGUCUAGUAAUGUCAAAGUUCAUGCCGACAACCCUUCUGGGGUAGAAGGAAUAGAAUCACAUUCUCUUAGGCCAGAAAACAGGGAACCUGAAGGGCAGACUACCCUUGAGACCUGUGUCCUCUACUCUUGUGCUCCAUCUUCUUUUGUGUUGCUCCCUGACUCAGCAGGCAGUGUGAGCAUGCGCCUAGCCUCUACCUUGGUCCAAGUUCAACAGGUCAGAUCUGUACCUGUAGUACCCCCCAAACCACAGUUUGCCAAGAUGCCUAGCACACUAGGUAGCAAGAUCCAUGUAGCCCCAGCAAACCCAUGCCCACGGCCUGGCAGGCUUGAUGGAACACCUGGAGAGGGAGUCCAAAGGAUCCGUGCCUCCCGGUCCUCCUGGAGGAAUGGAGGGAGCCUUUCCUUUGAUGCUGCUGUUGCAUUAGCUCGAGAAAGGCAGAGGACAGAGGCUCAAGUUAUCAGGAGGACCCAGACCUGUAUUGGGGGUGGGGAUGGAAACCUCCUUCCCAGUACCUCUCCUUCCAUUCUGUCCUCAGCCUCUGAUUCUAGACCUCUCAGUUGCUUGGAGCCCUUACUCCCAGGUCGGGAAGGGGCUGGACCCCGGAGCCGACACAGCUUGCCACCUGGAGAAUCCCAGCCUCUUAGCACUGUCAUUUCCCCCCAACGCAGAACCUAUGCAUUUGAGGCACAUGCUGGCCUUGGGGAGGGGGAAGGACUCUGAGUAGAACUGGAGUAUUUGGACUCAACAGGCUCCAUCUUUUGUUCGGCUAUCUCCCUAGCAAUUCUUUCAUCAGUGGAUUGAUUCCUAUUUCAUGGGCUCUGACCCCUACCUUCUGUUUUUCACUCUGUACAAAGUCAGGACCAUGGAUCAUCUGAAACGUGUUCAGACAGAAUUAGCCCUUGGGACACUCCUAGCAUCAAGGUCCUGCCCCAGUGGACAGGCCUAUCAGCAGAGGGAAGCAGGCAGACAAAACACAAGGUUUUAAUUGAAAAAAUAGAUGGGAACUCAGUCCAAAUCCCUGUGCUCCUUUGAAGCUGGAGCUCCCUCUUCCUAAAGACCACCAUAUUUCACUAGGGAUAUUUAUCCGUUAUACUAGGAUGUCUUAAAGAGCUACCCAUCUUUAUUCUUGUUCUCUUGGGUAUUGCGUAAAAAUCGGGUAUUGCAUGAAAAUUGGUACAUGGAUUUAGAGGCAAAAGGACACCAUAUAUGGUAUUGUCUAAAUUCAUUUUACUAAUAAGAAAAUUUUAUGUCCUCAGACUCCAAACCAGUCCUUUAUAAAUGUUCAAGAAACCCAUUGAAGAAUUAGCAUCAGGUGGUCCUGUGCCCCUUCCAUAUAGUUCUUUAACCUAUUCCCACUCAAUCUCCAGGGAGCUGGGGGAAUGGUAGUGUCCUCUGAUGACUUUUCAGGUCUCCAGAAUCCUGGAAAGACUCCCUUCCUUAUAGCCCCAUAAUGGGGUGGGGAAAGAAUGGAGUUUAAUCACAGAGCUAUUGUUUCCUACGAUGGAAAAAGGUCAUAUGAUCCAGUUUGGAGAGACUAGGUCUGUGGUUGUAAGUGGUUUGAAAUAAAAGAUGUAUUUUUUAAUGUA